UAGUAUUAUAAAAGAAAAUCUCGUUAAAGGCGAUUUUAAGACGAGAUUUCGAAAGACACACCCGUCAAAUAUUGUAUUUUUUGAUUCCGAAAAUAAUUUUCAUCUACUAAAACACGGAUUUAGAUCAAUAGUUUAGGAAAUCGACAGGGUAUUUAUAACUUUGAUAAACGCUUUUAAACUACUGAUUUGCAAAAAGGAAUAAAAAUGAUAAAUUGAAUACCUGUCGUCUGCUAUAUUUGUAGUUUCACUUUUAACAUACAGAAGAGAGAUCAAACAAUUUCCUCGUCGUUCAAAAGCGUGCAGUUGUAGUAUUUCGCUAUAUAAGGCAACACAGGUGAAAAAUGAUAAAAUAAGUCGUCUGGGCUACCAUACGAAAUCUCCCAGCCACUGUGGGAUUAAAAUUAUCUGUUUCAUUCAAAAAAUGUUUAGAGACGAGAACGGCAUAAUUCUGAUACCUUGAUAGGAUAUUAGUCAUUUCCACGUGGAUUUUUGUUUUUCGUUUCUUUUUUUUUUAUUUCGUGAUGAACAAGAUUAAUUAGUUAACGGAUUGUUAGCUAAACGGUUAAAAUUGUCGUGUCUUACAAAGUAAAAUAAUUCAAAUGAGGAGUGUGUAAUCCUCCUAAGUGAGUUUUAUGGAUGUGUAAUUAGCAUGACAUAAGAAAAGGUGUUAGUUUUCGUGUUCAAAUUAGGAGUUUAUAUAUAAUAUCAAACAUGGGGAAAAUGUGGAAUUGUAUACCGUGUAGUGUUUUGGAUUUAUUUAUUCUGUGUUUAGUGUGUAUGUGUCUAACAAAUAUUUCUGCUCAAGCAAAUCCAGGACAAUGUCCCGAGCCCAGUGGUACAGGUACCUGUGACGAAUUAUGCUCAAACGACACCACGUGUGAAAAUGACGAGAAGUGCUGUAGCAAUGGUUGUGGUCACGUGUGCACUCCAGCACUGCACGACACUUUUCAAGGCUCAGCAUAUGUAGAUAUAUUUUGGAUGGACGAAUACUCAAACAUAACGACCACAGAGGCAAGAUCUCUCGCUACGAAUCUCACAAAAUGGUUGGAAUGUGCCUUCAACGACACCGAUUUUACGGCUACGGUACUCCUUGCUGGCUUCACGGAAUACGGCGGUAUUGUGCAAGUCAAUUUCACUGUUGACACAACCAAAUAUAUAACAGUUCUAGAAGUAGAAACAUUACUUGACGAAUUACAGAACUUAACAAGUAAGGAAGGAUAUAUGGAUGUAACCGUGAUUAGUUUAAUCGGCGAUAGUCCAAGCCCAACGCCGACGACGACGACUUCAGCGCCUACAUCUACGACAAGUUCCACUACAAGCACUACAACGACUUCAUCAGUGACGCCUUCAGCUUCACAGACGCCAUCAUCAACACCGACAACAACAUCAUCACAAAUCACGCCAUCAUCAACAAUAGUAGCAACAGCAGCAACCUCAUCACAGCCUGUUACAUCCUCAUCAGUUAUUUCAGACACUGUAUCAACAGCCACCAUGUCAGCUACAUCUUCAAUGCCUUCUUCAACACCUACCAGUUCGUCAACAUCAUUUACUAUGUCUCCGAAAGCUUCCAGUGCACCAACAACAUCAACAGUGAUGUCAACAACAUCUACUAGUCCAUCCACAACAUCAACCAUGAUGUCGACAACACCUACCAGUGUGUCAUCUACACCAACCAGUGCCGUGACGUCAUCAUCAGAUGUAAUAUCGGAAAUUUCAUCGGCAAGGAUCACACCAACUCCUUCGGCAGCCUCCUCAAGUUUUGUUGGAUUAUCUGAUUCACUUUCCAUUGUGUCAUCUUCUAGUCCAGCUUCUUCGACUUCCCUUGCUGCCUCAUCAACACCAUUAGAAUCUUCUUUCUCGAUCAGUUCUUCAAGUUUAUUUAGUUCUUCUUCAAUUUCUAUACAUUCCACAUCUGUUGUACCGACUUCAUCUGGUGUUAUGUCGUCAUCAGAUUCAGUAACGUUCACAGUUUCACCGUCGCGAUCACUUACAUCAACGUCAUCAGUUUUGUCGUCAUCUUUAACAACAACGUUGGAUAGCACCUCCUCAAUACCUGUUGAUGCUACCUCCUCUUUUGUAUUUUCUUCAACGGUUACGAGCUUAGAAACUUCAGAACUGACGACAUCCGUUCCAGUGACGUUAUCGGUCUCGUCGACGUCUUCUGCUAAACUGACAUCAUCUGUUUCUUCAACGCCAUCAUUGAUAGAGAGUUCAUCACCACAAGCUGUUAAAACGACAUCAGUGUUUCCCUCAACAGAUUCAACAUCAGCAACUUCAGUGGAGCUGACAACUUCGCAUUCAUUACCUUCAUCAUUGUCUCUAGCCGUAUCGUCACCAACAGGUUCCAUGACAUCGUCAUUGUCAUCGACGCCACUUGCUAGAUCAUCAGAAACGUCUACUGUGUCAGUUCACAUGACGUCAUCACCAGCGUCAAUGACAUCUUCUAUAAUGACGUCAUCAGCCUUAUCAGCGACAUCAGCUUUAUUGCCUACUUCAGUUUUAUCAUCGACAUCGACUUCAUUAUCAUCCUCAGUAUCAUCAACACCACGUGAUUCAGUUACGUUAUCAGCUCCGAUGACGAUAUCGGAAUCCAUAACGUCAUCGACCUCAAAGUCGAUAUCAGUCUCAAGGACAUCAUCAGCCUUAUCGACGCCAUCAGCAUCCAUGACUUUGUCAGUCUCAUCGUCAGCAUCAACUUCCAUGACGUCAUCAACCGCAUCGCAAAUUUCAGAUUCAGUUUCUUCAACUUCUCCAACGAUAUCAGCUUCCAUGACGUCCUUAAUCUCAUCGUCAAUGUCAGCUUCAGUUUCUUCCUCGGCAUCAACGGCAACAUCAUCUUUCAUGACUUUAUCAGCCUCAUCGACGACAUCUGCUUCAAUGACUUUAUCAUUGUCAUCGACUGCUCUUGAAUCAGUUACACAACUGACUUCUUAUGCGACAUCAACUUCGGUAACAACUUUAAGCUCAUCAAGUUCAGCUGUUUUAAUGACUUCAUCAGUUUCAGUGACCUCGGACAUUCUUUCAUCUCAGACUAAUGAAUCAACAACAUCAUCUGGCUUUUCUACAGCGCUUUCUAGCUCAGCAGCUUCAGUCGAAUUCACACCAUCUUCGUCAAUGACGUAUUCAGCGUCACCAACGCCUUCAGUCUCACUGACUUCAGUGGAUUCAUUGACUUCAUCCGAUUUAAUGGCAUCAUCAUCUUCGCCGACGACAUUUGUUUCAAAGACGUCUACAGUUGCCACGACCUCAGCGGCUACAAGAACUGUUACCUCAACAGCAAUGACGUCAUCAGUACCACCAUCUACUUCAGUAUUUACUUCCUCAACUAUGACGUCAUCAGUAACCGGGACGUCUGUUGCCUCAACUUCAACAUCAGUUACUCCAACUUCUACUUCAGUGUCAACGUCGUCCACGCCAGCGACAGCCUCUGAAUCGUCAUCCACAACGAGCAUGUCAGCUAGUUCAUCUGUUAUGGUGUCGUCAUCAAGCAUGCCAACGACAUCCGUUGACACUGCAUCAACAAGUUCACCCGUAGUUACAACGUCAUCAGUAGAAAUGACGUUAUCCAUGGACACUUCACCAUCAAGUUCAUCUAUAGUAUCAACAACGUCAGUAGAAAUGACUUCAACCAUUGAGGCCACUCCUUCAAGUUCUUCAAUGGCGACCCCAACGCCGACAUCCACUUUUGUUGCGACAACAUCAACAGCUACCACCCAAUCUUCUGAGAUUCCAACGACGGAAGUCACAACUUCUUCUCCAGUCGUCACAACUUCUUCUAAAGUCGUGAUACCAUCAUCUACUGGGUUUAUAUCUUCCACUCCACCCAUUACUACAUCUUCCUUUGAAGUCACAACUUCUACUCCAGCCUUAACACCUUCAUCUACUGAGGUUACAACUUCAACAUCAUUCAUAACAACAUCCUCUAUUGAGGCUACAACUUCUACUCCAACCGUAACUACAUCGUCAGUCGAGACAAUAACUUCUACUCCAGUUGUAACACCUUCAUCAACGGAAGUCACAACUUCGUCGCCACUCAAAACAUCUUCAUCUACUGAAGUUACAACAUCCAGUUCAGUCGUUACAACAUCCUCAACGGAAAUCUUAUCUUCUACUCCAAUUGUGACGUCAUCGUCGACUGAAGUAACAGCUUCAACACCAGUGAUAGCAACAACAACGGAAGUAACUACAUCAACCCCAGUAGUAAUAACGUCAACAUCGGAAGAUAGCACUUCAACACCAGUGUUAACAUCAACACCAGAAGUAACUACUUCAACACCAGUGUUAACAUCAACUCUAGAAACAAGUUCUUCAACACCAAUGGUAACAACGUCAACACCGGAGGUAUCUACUUCAACACCAAUGAUUAGCACAACAACGGAAGUAACUACAUCGACACCAGUAGUUACAACAUCGACACCUGUUGUAACAACAUCAACACCGGAAGUAACUACUUCAGUGCCAGUGAUUACCACAACAACGGAUGCAACUUCAUCAACCCCAGUUUUAACAACAUCGACACCUGUUUUAACAACGUCAACACUGGAAGUAAGCACUUCAAUACCAAUGGAAACAACAUCAAUACCAGAAGUAACUGCUUCAACACCAAUGAUUAGCACAACAACGGAAGUAACGUCAUCGACACCAGAAAUAACAACAUCGAAAACAGUUGUAACAACAUCAACACCGGAAGUAAGCACUUCAACACCAAUGGUAACAACGUCAACACAGGAAUUAUCUACUUCAACACCAAUAGUAACAAGAUCAACAUCGGAAGUAACUACUUCAGCAUUAAUAAUAACAACAAUAACACCGGAAGUAACUACUUCAACACCAAUGGUAACAACGUCAACACACGAAGUAACUUCUUCAACACCAAUGGUAACAACGUCAGCAUCGGAAGUAACUUCUUCAACACCAAUGGUAACAACGUCAGCAUCGGAAGUAACUUCUUCAACACCAAUGGUAACAACGUCAACACCGGAAGUAACUUCUUCAACACCAAUGGUAACAACGUCAACAUUGGAAGUAACUACUACAAAACAAAUAGUAACAACGUCAACACAGGAAGUAACUACUUCAACACCAAUGGUAACUACGUCAACAUUGGAAGUAACUACUUCAACACCAAUGGUAACAACGUCAACACCGGAAGUAACUUCUUCAGCACCAAUGGUAACAACGUCAACAUUGGAAGUAACUACUACAACACCAAUGGUAACUAUGUCAACACCGGAAGUAACUACUUCAACACCAAUGGUAACUACGUCAACAUUGGAAGUAACUACUACAACACCAAUGGUAACAACGUCAACAUUGGAAGUAACUACUACAACACCAAUGGUAACAACGUCAACACCUGAAGUAACUACUUCAACACCAAUGGUAACAACGUCAACACCAGAAGUAACUACUUCAACACCAAUGGUUACUACGUCAACACCGGAAGUAACUACUUCAACACCAAUGGUAACAACGUCAACAUUGGAAGUAACUACUACAACACCAAUGGUAACAACGUCAACACCGGAAGUAACUACUUCAACACCAAUGGUAACAACGUCAACAUUGGAAGUAACUACUAAAACACCAAUGGUUACUACGUCAACACCGGAAGUAACUACUUCAACACCAAUGGUAACAACGUCAACAUUGGAAGUAACUACUACAACACCAAUGGUAACAACGUCAACAUUGGAAGUAACUACUUCAAUAUCAAUGGUAACAACGUCAACACCGGAAGUAACUACUUCAACACCAAUGGUUACAACGUCAACAUUAGAAGUAACUACUACAACACCAAUGGUAACAACAUCAACAUCGGAAGUAAGUACUUCAACACCAAUGGUGACAACCUCAACACCGGAAGUAACUACUACAAUACCAAUGGUAACAUCAUCAACACCGGAAGUAACUACUUCAACACCAAUGGUAACGCCAUCAACACCGGAAGUAACUACUUCAACUUCAACACCAGUGGUAACAACGUCAACUCUGGAAGUAACUACUUCAACACUAAUGGUAACAACGUCAACACCGGAAGUAACUACUACAAUGCCAAUGGUCACAACGUCAACACCGGAAGUAACUACUACAACACCAAUGGUAACAACGUCAACAUUGGAAGUAUCUACUUCAACACCAAUGAUUACCACAACAACCGAAGUAACUUCAUCGACCCCAGUUAUAACAACAUCGACAUAUGUUGUAACAACGUCAACACCAGAAGUAACUACUUCAACACCAAUGGUAACAACGACAACCUUGGAAGUAACCACUUCAACACCAAUGAUAACAUCAACAGCACCGGAAGUAACUUCUUCAACACCAGUGGUAACAUCGUCAACACCAGAAGUAACUACUUCAACACCAAUGGUAACAACGUCAACACUGGAAGUAACUACUUCAACAUUAAUGGUAACAACGUUAACACCGGAAGUAACUACUUCAACACCAAUGGUAACAACGUCAACACCGGAAAUUACUACAUCAGUGGUAACAACGUCAACACCGGAAGUAACUACUUCAACACCAAUGGUAACAACGUCAACACCGGAAAUUACUACAUCAAUGGUAACAACGUUAACACCGGAAGUAACUUCUUCAACACCAAUGGUAACAACGUCAACACCGGAAAUUACUACAUCAAUGGUAACAACGUUAACACCGGAAGUAACUACUUCAACACCAAUGGUCACAACGUCAACACCGGAAGUAACUACUACAACACCAAUGGUAACAGCGUCAACACCGGAAGUAACUACUUCAACACCAAUGGGCACAACGUCAACACCGGAAGUAACUACUACAACACCAAUGGUAACAGCGUCAACACCGGAAGUAACUACUACAACACCAAUGGUAACAACGUCAACACCGGAAGUAACUACUACAACACCAAUGGUCACAACGUCAACACUGGAAGUAACUACUACAACACCGAUGGUAACGGCAUCAACACCGGAAGUAACUACUUCAACACCAAUGGUAACAACCUCAACACUUGAAGUAACUGCUACAACACCAAUGGUCACAACGUCAACACCGGAAGUAACUACUUCAACACCAAUGAUUACCACAACAACGGAAGUUACUUCAUCGACCCCAGUAGUAACAACAUCAACACCAGAAGUAACUACUUCAUCUCCAAUGUUGACAACGUCAACACCGGAAGUAACUACUUCAACACUAAUGGUAACAACGUCAACACCGGAAGUAACUACUUCAACACCAAUGGUGACAACCUCAACACCGGAAGUUACUACUACAACACCAAUGGUUACGUCAUCAACACCGGAAGUAAUUACUUCAACACAAUUGGUAACAACCUCAACACCGGAAGUAUCUACUACAACACCAAUGGUCACAACGUCAACACCUGAAGUAACUACUUCAACACCAAUGGUAACAGCCUCAACACCGGAAGUUACUACUACAACACCAAUGGUCACAACGUCAACACCUGAAGUUACUACUACAACACCAAUGGUAACAACGUCAACACCGGAAGUGACUACUUCAACACCAAUGGUAACAGCCUCAACACCGGAAGUAACGACUUCAACACCAAUGAUAACAACCUCAACACCUGAAGUUACUACUACAACACCAAUGGUCACAACGUCAACACCGGAAUUAUCUACUUCAACACCAAUGGUAACAACGUCAACACCGGAAGUAACUACUUCAACACCAAUGAUAACCACAACACCGGAAGUAACUACAUCUACCCCAGUAGUUACAACAUCGACACAUGUUGUAACAACGUCAACACCGGAAGUAAGCACUUCAACACCAAUGGUAACAACAUCAACACCGGAAGUAACUACUUCAACACCUGUGAUGACCACAACAGUCAUAGUUCCUACCACAACAGCUGUUACAACAAGUAUCCAGCCCACAUCUUCUGAAACAGUGACGCCAACAAGUACCGCCACACCUACAACACCAUCAACCCCGCAACCGACACCAGCACCGGAAACAUACGAUAUGCGCGGGGAGUUGAGAAUAACAGGCGGUGCAGUUUGGACCAACGACUUGAAAAAUAACAAUUCGAAUGCCUAUCAAACAUUGAAGGCCGGAGUAGAAGUACAGAUUAACAAUGCAUUGGAUGUAGAUGAGUUAAAGGGACGCUAUAGAGGAGUGAAGCAAAUGACGUUCAGUGAAGGCAGCGUUGUAGCGAGUUACGUGCUGGAAUUUGCUGAUCCCACUCAGCCGGUCGGUGCAGGGUUCGUUAGCCAGCAGAUUAAGACCGCCGCAACAAACAACAACUUUGGUGACUUCACCGUGGAUCCACAGAGCGUUACAGUUGAAGUGAUUGUGCCCUCAACACCAACGCCAGAUACAACGAGCACGAAGCCGGUACCAGUGACCACGGAGAAGGCCGAGAAAGAAUUACCAAACUGGGCCAUAGCUGUAAUAGCUUGUGGUUCAGCUGUGCUUAUCUUCCUUUUAGCACUAAUUUGUGUACUGUGUCGCAGACGUCAUGUCACACACAAAUACGCACUUCCGGAAGAUCCAGACGACAUCGGAUAUAGAAGAAGCUGGGUAACAAAUAAUUCGCAGCAUAACCCAGAAUAUGUAUAUGACAACAAAUUAGCAUUGCAAUCUGAGGAUGUUGCAGAUAGAGGGGAAAUGAAUAGCCCUUCGGCGUACUAUAACUUAUCUGACCAUGACCUUAAAGAAGGAAACGGUCGAGUAACCGGUGCUACUGCGCGUGCAGGAGAAGUAGAUCCGACUUUAAUAAAUGUACACGACUGGCCUCCAGCAAAUGGUUCAGCCAACAGAGCAGUGCUGUAUUUCUAUGACAAUACAAAGACAUUUUAUGAUCAAGAGUCGGACACUUGGGAGACGAAGAUGUAGCCGAUGCUAUAUUUAGAUAUUUUAUAUUCAAAAGUCGGAUGCUCAUAGGACAGUGCCUGUUUCCAGUGUACAUGUUCAUGAAUUUAACAAUGACGUACUGUUUUGAACAAGCAAUAUAUUUACAAUCAAAUGAGAGAAGAUCAUGGAUGGAGAGCAUUUAUAAAGAAAAUUCUGCGUAAUUAUGAACCUCCCCAAGGGUGCUUACCGGGGGUUGGGGGUGGGUAACGAAGGCGGACAAACCAUGUUUUUAGGAAUUAUUUGGAGAUAUCGGAGGUCGCCCUAUAAGAUGGAAGGACUUCUCUUCAGUACACGCACAUCAAAUAACCAAAAAUCUCUUACACCCACCGUUCAGCCUUACAUUUCAUUCAUUUCAUAUGUACAUUUUCAUAACUUUGGCUUUUUCGAAACAGACGACAUUCCGCUUUUAAGACAUGUGUGAUAGGCCUACAUAUCGGCAUGUACAUUAUGAAUUAUUUUGAACAUUGUUAUAAAAAGGAUGUAUUUAGGAUGUAACAUAGUAUUGUUAAUUCAGCAUUUCAUUUAACCUUUUUUCCGGUCAAUAAAUGUCUCAUAUACAGGUAAUGGACCCGUAACGGCAAUCGGCAAAUUCCGUAAUCUCCGUAUGCAUUUCGGCAUUUUCCGUUCUUUUUACGGAAUCGUCCGAAGAAUGCCGAAUUGCCUAACAAGAAAUUGCCGAGUGGCAUUACACGUCCGCUACAUAAAACCCCAUAUAUCAUUUCUUUUACGUUUGUGAAAGUCAUAAUAUUGUUACAUAAACGAGAUGAUGUGUAUGAAAUAUUGUAAUUUAUAUAUAAGAUGUGCAUGUUGCUUUAGUAUAACAUAUUUUGUUUGCUCAUUUGUUACUUUUUGCAAUAAUAUCUUAACCUGAUUUAUUGAUGCAUUAACUGUUUUCGUGUUAAAUUCAGCAUUUUCUUUUUAAAAGGUCCCUUCAAAUGGCUGUAGACCGAGGCAUCGUCAGAAAACAACAGCAAUAAAUUUUACAGCAACAACAAAGUCAUUGGAUUUUUAUACACUGUUUUUGGAUAGUUUAUCGGUUGAUAGUCAAAACUACUUCCCGAUGUCCGAAAGUGUCAGCAAAACUAAGUGUUCAUAAUUAUUUUCUUCCGAUUUUAAUUUUAUCUUAACAUAAUAUAGUUUUGAAUAUAGACCGGUCUUGUAGCAAAAAAUAUGGACCGGCAAUCUAUAUAAGGAUGAGUGCAAUAUUUCAAACUGUUACACGAGUCCUUAUACAAAUUGCCCAUUCAAAGUUUGUGCUAUGUAACCAACCUAUAUUCAACACAUGCUGGCUGGGCUAUUCUUUUACAUCAAAUGUCAUGUGAUAUACCUGUUAUAUAAGUGAAUUUGAAAAUUUGACAAUUGACGCCAAUAUGAAUCAAUAAAUUUUAGUUCUGGCCUUCACCUCUUGUUGACAGCCAUUUUGGAGGGCAGUAUAUUUGUGAUGCCAGUAUCAUGUGCAUUAAGAUAGUGGACCAAAAUGAUAAUCGACAGAUUACAUAUUCUCCGCAUACGAUUUCGGCAUUCUCCGGAUUUUUACGGAAAGUCAUGUGCGCGUUCAGAUACAUUUACGUCCGGAGAAUGCCGAAUUGCAUACGUAAGCUUACGGAAAUGGCCGAGUGUCAUUGUUGGUCUUUUUGAAUGAGAUUAUGCAAUAAUAAUAAUAUGCAACAUAAUAGUUGCAGGAGUUAUGUCCCCAUUUUCAUUUACGAAUUAAAUUUGUGUAUAUCAUGUCUUUAUUUCGGUUUUAUGGACUAGAAAGGUGCUAUAUUUAACAUAUUCCUAUAGAAAUUAUCUUAAGUUGUGUCCAUUGUUAAGUUGAAAACAUCUACCAGAUCAGUUAAAUAAAUUUUUUCUUCACGGGGAAAAUCUGUAACCAAAACGAAACAGACAAUUAUCACAAUGGCAUACACGUGAAUGUGUGCGAUUUGAGAAUUAUGUUUUUUUCUUUCUUUACGACGUGUGUAAAUGCACGAGCUAAUACAUGUUCAGUAGAAUAUUAUUUGAAAUGCAUUUGAAUUUAAACGUACCAGAAUGCACUUUCGUUGCAUUUGUCAAUGAGUUGCGGGCCUUUACAAUGCAAGAAAUGUCUCGCCUUUCGUUAUGUGCCUUUCCUUUCUGUUUACAAACGCCUUCAAAAGGCAAAAUAUAUAAUAUCAAUAACUACAUCAAAUGUUACAUGUAUAUAAUGUUAUGUUACAUAUUUGUGUCCCGCGUAAUCCACAUGUAGUUAACAUUUAUGUCUCAGAGAUAUGUUAACAUAAUUAUUAAAUUUUAUUCUGUCUACACUGUUAGUGACAAGUCGUUUUGAAGGUAGUUUACAUUUUGUACCUAAAUUAUUGUUGUAAAACAUUCUGCUGCCUUACCGUAUAUUUUCGCUUAUAAGACGCGCUCGCUUAUAAGACGCCGGGCAUGCAAUCUUGGGUUUCUUUUUCUUUUAAUUUCCCUGUAGCACUCACUUAUAAGAUGCUCCCCACUCGCUGAACUACAAAUAUGACUCCUAAUAAUGCGUCAUAUAGGCGAAGAUAUACGGUAUGAAUUCAUGAGAAAAAAACUAGGAGGAAGUUUUUUUAAAUAGAUGCAUAUUUUAUACCAAAAUGAUAUUAAUAUUCAGUAGAAGGUCAUUUAAUUGUAUAUAGCACUCCUAGAAAAUGUUCUUGUACAUGUACAUUUCUACUCAUAUUUUUGUUCAGUUUGUUGUUGAUGCUUAGACCAUAUUUGGACCAGAUAAAUAUUACGUAUUUAAUACUGUUAUAUAUUUUGUGUUGUUUAUGUACCUAUGAAAAUUUGAAGAAAUCGUUGAUUGCUACCAUAUAAAGUGUCUCAGUAUAUUACUUGAUAAGAUAAAUUUUAUGUAUAUUGAGUGAUAAGAUAUAUUUGUGUUAUAUAAAGCGGCGUCGCCGUAAAAUCGUAAGUUUUGAACAAUAAGGUGGCCAAAGUGGUUUCGUAACAUCUCUCCAAAAGUUGAGCCUUAACCUUUACCCUACUACAUUUUUAUAAUGGACUGGUCCAUCAUUCAGUUUGGUCAGUACCACUUAAUAUUUAAAGGGGUGUUCAUUGAAAAUUAACUAACUGAAUAGCGAACAGUGCCAUCCAUCCGUGCAGGCUGAUCUUGGUCUGCACUGGUCGCAAAGGCAGAAUGAUUUGCCACUAGCAGGCUAAAGGUUAAAGCUGAGACAUUUUUUAUGGUAGUGGACAAUUGGAUAUUCCAAAGUUUGUUGUUAAACUGCAUGAUUAACUGAAAUGUCUCAGAAUGCACAGUAUUGUUGAUUAUGUAACUAACAGACGUUACUUUUAAAAGGGCAGUCCUGCAAUUAGACAUUUGAUUAGGCGCUUGGUAAAAAUGGCAAGUUCCGUUCAAUACCGUAUUGUCGUGCGCUGUUUCGGCAUCCUUCGACAGUAUAAGAAAAUAAUGUUACGUAACAACCGGAAAUUGACGAAAUUGCUAACGGAAAUACGUACUUUUAAUCGACCGGAAGUUGCGAAAUGUUUCAUGAAGUUUUCGUGAUCAAUUUAUAAUUUAUUGAACCGUAAGUCAAAUAUUUCUAUUUCAGUAAAUUAAUUUUAGCCUGUGACCGAUAUAGGUCCAAAACUUACAUGUGCAUCUUGCAAAUUGCCAUUUAUUUUCAGGUUUUAAUUUACAGACUGUUCCAUUCCACGAGUUAUAAGCCAUGAUUAUUUUUCAGUAUAAAGAACAAAGUGUUAUUAUAUUGUGUUGCGGUACCGGUGUCCAGAUUGUUUUCGGGGAAAUGGCAAAAUUUUAUGAAUAAGGAAAGAAGCUGUAUUUAAACACGAGAACCAGGUUGCCCUUUUAAUGUGACUUGUCUCAAAAACGAGAGAUAUCGAUUUUAUGUAUGUACAUGCGUGUGUGUGUUAAAAGCUGGGUAAAUGGUUCAGGUACUAUUUGUUAUUCAUACUCGGUCUGUAUUAAUUAAUGAAUUAUCGUUGGUUGCCACUGUAUCCUGCAUUUAAGUAAUUAAAGACCGGACUAAACAUUUGUUUAACAAAUUUAAUGUUGAUUACGACUAACAGAAUUACUGUUCCGUCAGCAAUGAUCUUUUAUGUAUAUGACAAAAGAAGAAGAAAAAAAACGCCUAAUGCAUUUAAAAUUAAUUUCAGCUCAAUAUUUGAUACGCAAAAUGUCUUUGCCCGUUCAUGAAAAUUGCCUAAAAUCUAGUUGUUUUGGUAGUGUUGCACGAGCAUCUUUAUUAACAGUAAGAGUUUGUACUAAAUCUGCUAGUCCUACAUGAAUUUAAUUGUGAAUGUGAAAUGCACUUGUUAUGCAAUUUCUACAGCUAAAUGUCAAUAAUAUUUAGUAAAAUAUGCGUGUAGUAUAUCGUUAACUUACCAGCAAUUAGCCGAAAUAGGCAUUUUUAUAAUACUUGUACAAACAUUUGAUGAACAAAAUGAACAACAUAUUUUAAACCUUCCAAAAAAUGUUCAGUAUAAAUAUUUUUUAGUAUACAUAGGCUUACGUGUGGUAUGCAUGCUGUUAUAAAAUCUUUUGAAAACUGUUUGUAUGAGUAUACCUAGUAUGUUUUAAGAGCUUUAUUGUGAUGUUAAAGGGUCGUGCCUCCAUAUAUAUGUAAUUUGUUUUCCAGUUUAAGAAAUUACCUCCCUUUAACAGUGAGUAAAUAGGCAAUAUUAAAAUCUGUUCAGUUGCAUAAGUUCUAGAUAGUAUUAACUUAAAAAAUAUGUUGUAGCAUAAAAAUCUCUCUGCAGUUUAGUCACACAAUUACAAUGUAGUAGUAGUAAUUAGGUGUAAUUAGCGAGUUACAUUAAAAGUAUUUAGAUAAUAGUUUAUUCUUUUCUGAUCUGAUAAAAAAAACUAUCACAUUUGAUAAUUUCAUUACUGUUGCUAGUUUGAACAAUUGGAAGUCAUGAUGCUCAUUCGGAGGCAUUCCUUUUUUAAGGUUGUAGACCCGUAAUGACACUCGGCAAUUUCCGUGUGAUUACGUAUUCUCCGUAUGGAAUUUCGGCAUACUCCGGUUGUUAUGGAAAUCAUUUUCUGUUAUGACCGAAGAAUGCCGAAAUCGCGUCCGGAAGAAACGUAAACGCACGGAAAUUGCCGAUCGUCAUUACGGGUCUAUUACCUUAACUUUGUAAAUCCGCAGUGACACUCGGCAAUUUCCGUGUGAUUCUGUAUUGUCGUUAGGCAAUUCGGCAUGCUUCGGUCUGAAAUAUAGCUCAGCGCGCAGACGGCUUUUCCUAAAAAACCGAGGUAUGCCGAAAUCGCGUACGGAAAUUUACGACUGUCAUUAGGAGUCUACUGCCUUUAACAUGUUGACAUGUAUAUACAUUUGUAUAUAAUCACGAGAAAACUGAGAAUUUAAACAUAUCAUGCAUAAUCACUUUGAUAUUGAAAUGAAUAUAUUAUAUUAUAGUAUAUAUAACAAAUGAAAAAAGUUUAUAUAUUGACAUUUAUAAUUAAUAAACAAUUUUAUGCAAGAA